AUGUUUGCACAAGAAGAAGUAUUAGAAGGAACAUUCUUACAAAGACUAUUCAAAUUAAUUGAAAUAUUAUCUGAAACAAGGAACGAUACUAUUAAACGAGUUGAAAAAACACAAGAAAGUGCUAAAAUAAGGCAUGAUCAUAACUUACCAACUAUAGAAGAAAUAAAAAGAGGAGACCAAGUAUUAGUAUACGAGGCUUUUUAA